AUGGGUCGUGGUUUCCGAGAAAAAUAUCCUUCAGUUUUACUUCGGGAUUUUGUUACACACACGGUUGUUGCUAAGAGUCCGUCUCGUUCUUCCAAUCAGACUUCAGCAAUUGUUCGAAACAAGGAUCCAACGUCUUUUAAAGAAGCUAUGAAGUAUGAUGGGUGGCGCAAAUCCAUGAAAGAAGAAAUUCGAGCUCUGGAAGACAAUGACACAUGGACCUUGGAAUAUCUUCCCCUGGGAAAGAAGGCUCUUAGGAGCCAAUGGAUCUACAAGACCAAGUUUUUGUCUAAUAGGAAUGUUGAGCGUCUCAAGUCUCGCUUGGUUGUGUUUGGUAAUCAUCAGAGAGUAGGCAUUGAUUAUGAUGAGACGUUUGCUCCGGUGGCCAAAAUGACAACAGUCAAAACUGUUCUUGCCAUAGCAGCUUCGAAAAAUUAG